AUGGGUGUCCACGAUGAAGAUGGCGAAAGGCAGUUGAGCGGACCGCCCGGGACUCGCGAGGAAUUGACCAGCCUCCUCACCAAAGCCUUCGUAGCGCUUGCAAAGGACACCGGAAAUCCAUUGGGCAUCGUCGCUUUGGGUAUCCACGCCGAGGGACGCCCCAAGCAUCAAAUCCAGAUCAAGAGCAAACUCGAGGAGCGCUCCGCUAUGAAAAACAUGAAGCUCUUUGCCUUGGCUAGCGCUCAACUCAACCUAAUCGACUGGGAUAGGCCUGAUAUCGCGCAUGUGCUGGUGACCGUGACAUCUCUCAACACCAACAUCUCAACACUAGUGUUUGCUUUCAAAGACCGUAGGGAGGAGUGGGAAGAGGCUGGCGACACAGAUUGGCUUGAAAGAGUCACGAACUGGACAGUGCCCCAGAUCCGCGCUGAAGCUGAAAACGAGAGAAAUUUUACUGGCCUUGCGAGACUUGUCCAGAAAUGCUUCCAAUUUCCCAACUGGAAGAUCCUGGAAUACGUCUCAGAACUCCCCAGCCUUCCCAAACUCAACCGAUUGACAUUACGGUUCCAACUAACCAAGGAGUCCAUCGUUCUCAACCUUCUCAAGCGAACUCGGCAUGGAGAGCUGUUCAUAGGACCUAUGUGGCUAGACCCCGGAUAUUUCAGGCCUAUUUUCGAGUUCUGCAGCAGCCCAGAGUCCAACAUGCAAAAGCUCGAGGUUAGAGCUUCUCUAUACCAGAUGGGUUCAGAGGAGCGUGGCCAAAUUCACUUUCAUUCGGAUCCGUAG